GCCGCCCCCGUUUCUUCGUUCUUACGAUCUGAGAUACUGUUCAAUGUAUAAGCUAAGAAUUAUGAGCAUGUGAAUAAGUUAAUUGAAUGUUUUAAAAGAAUGGCACUGUUACUCAACAAAUUCAAAUUUCCACAAUUGAUGAAAGUACCUGUUCGGUACAAAGCGAAAGAACAUUGGGCUAAACUAAGAAAAAAGAAAACACCUACAGAUAAGGCACUGGAACAUUUUGAUGAUUUUUAUGCAUCAGUCUAUCAAGACAGUUGGCCAAAUAUACGUGCUGCAUUAUUAAAAGAAGAAUGUAAAUAUAUGGCUAUUGUUAAUAAUUUUAGUGAUACAGAAAGGAUACAAUCUGAUUUAGAGUUACUUGGUACAAUAAAUUUGGAAAAUUUAUAUAAUACUCAAAAAGACAAUGUUCGUUUCCUUAAUGCUGUAAAGAAAUCUGAAAUGAGUAAAUUACAAAAGGAAAAUAAUUCAAUAGAUGCAACGAAUACAUCUAAAGAUCAGUUAGAUGAACUUGAGAAAAUUUACUCUACUAAUUCUCUAAAUGUAUUAGAAGGAUUAAGAGCAGAAGAUACUGAAACUGUUAAGGAAGAUAGGUCAGUACCUGUAAAAUUACAAUCUAUAGAAGAUGAUUUAAAUGAAAUCAAUCUAGAUACUAAUCGUAUUAUCAAUUCCUCUGUAAAUUUAUCUUCACUUCAUGAGUAUAUACCUGCUACAAAAAUAAAAGGUUUGGAUGACUGGGUUUUGGAGUCUGACCAUUAUAAGUUUUAUGGUAAGGCUGCUGACCAUCAGACAAAUAUUGAGAAAGAAUCUGUUCUAUCAUUUCCAAAACACUUACAUGCAUAUACUUAUGAAAGAGGAAAUAAUACCAGAUUUCCAAACCCUAAAAAAGGAUCUACUGGUGUUUUAGAUUAUUAUUUAUUUGAUGGUGGAUCUAUACUUCCUGUAUUAGCUCUAGAUAUACAAUUAGGUGAUACUGUAUUGGAUAUGUGUGCUGCACCUGGAGGGAAAGCUUUGACUAUUCUUCAGACUCUUCUGCCUCGAACAUUGGUUGCUAACGAUAUUCAGCGAUCUAGAGUGAAUAGGAUAAAAGGGGUUAUGAAUCAAUAUGUUUCAGAUGUGUAUAAGACAGAAAAGAUGAUGUUUAUAACAGAACAGGAUGCUAGAGCAAUUGAUGAAACAAAUAUAUAUAAUAAGAUUCUAGUUGAUGUACCAUGUACAACAGAUAGGCAUAUUUUGCAUUCUGAUGACAAUAAUAUUUUUAAACCAUCUAGACUUAAAGAAAGAUUAAGAAUGCCGGAACUUCAGUCAGAGAUUUUAACAAAUGCAUUAAAAUUGGUGUCAGUGGGGGGUACAGUUGUUUAUUCAACAUGUUCUCUUAGUCCUAUACAAAAUGAUGGUGUUGUACAGGUAGCACUGCAAAAAGCAUACCAAGAAAGUGAUUGCGAUCUGGUCGUAAAAGACAUGACAGAAGCAUUAGUACCCUUGCAGUAUAUAUAUCAAUUUGGUAAUAUCGGUUCAAAGUAUGGUCACAUUGUUAUUCCCAGUAUCAAAAACAACUGGGGACCGAUGUAUUUUUGUAAAAUUGUAAAGAUACAGUGA